AUGGCAAAGAAUCCUCCAGAGAACUGUGAGGACUGUCACAUUCUAAAUGCAGAAGCUUUUAAAUCCAAGAAGAUAUGUAAAUCACUUAAGAUUUGUGGAUUGGUGUUUGGUAUACUGGCCCUAACUCUAAUUGUCUUGUUUUGGGGGGGCAAACAUUUCUGGCCGGAGACACCCAAAAAAACAUAUGACAUGGAGCACACUUUCUACAGCAAUGGAGAGAAGAAGAAGAUUUACAUGGAAAUUGAUCCAGUGACCAGAACUGAAAUAUUCAGAAGUGGAAAUGGUACUGAUGAAACAUUGGAAGUACAUGACUUUAAAAAUGGUUACACUGGCAUCUACUUUGUAGGUCUUCAAAAAUGCUUCAUCAAAACUCAGAUUAAAGUGAUUCCUGAAUUUUCUGAACCAGAGGAGGAAAUAGAUGAAAAUGAAGAAAUUACCACCACUUUUUUUGAACAGUCUGUGAUUUGGGUCCCAGCAGAAAAGCCUAUUGAAAACCGAGACUUUCUGAAAAAUUCCAAAAUUCUGGAAAUUUGUAAUAAUGUGACCAUGUAUUGGAUAAAUCCCACUCUAAUAGCAGUUUCAGAGUUACAAGACUUUGAGGAGGAUGGUGAAGAUCUUCACUUUCCUACCAAUGAAAAAAAAGGGAUUGAACAAAAUGAGCAGUGGGUGGUCCCUCAAGUGAAGGUGGAAAAGACCCGCCAUGCCAGACAAGCAAGUGAGGGAGAACUUCCAAUAAAUGACUAUACUGAAAAUGGAAUAGAAUUUGACCCCAUGCUGGAUGAGAGAGGUUAUUGUUGUAUUUACUGCCGCCGAGGCAACCGCUACUGCCGCCGUGUCUGUGAACCCUUGCUAGGUUACUACCCAUAUCCAUACUGUUACCAAGGAGGGCGGGUUAUCUGUCGUGUAAUUAUGCCUUGCAACUGGUGGGUGGCCCGCAUGCUGGGGAGGGUCUAA